CUUACCAAGUGGUUUGAAAACAGAGAAUGACCUCUCGUAGCUAGGCUGUGUUUGUUCCUAGAAGCAAAAGUGGCUAUUUUAGAGACAAUUUCCAUGCAAUGGAUCAAACUAAACAGCAAGAAGAGGACUACGGAUAUAACCUAUUUCCGGAGAGGAAUUCGGGAAAGUUCCAAAAGGGAUCGAUAGCAGAAAGCUUGUUCACUUUCAAUCACAAAUGUCAGGUCAUGCUACAAUUUGCAAUGGAAACAAGUCCAUAUGCAAAGCUUCUCCUUGGAGCCAUGAAAAGCUCAGGAUGUGCAGUGUACAAAGACAGACAUUUCUCCUGUGAAGACUGUGAUGGGACUGUCAGUGGCGGUUUUGAUGCAACAUCAUCACAAAUUGUUUUGUGUCAGAAUAAUAUUCACCAGCAGUCCCACAUGAACCGAGUGGUUACACAUGAGCUCAUCCAUGCCUUUGACCACUGCCGGGCGCAUGUAGAUUGGUUUAACAACUUCAAGCACUUGGCCUGCUCAGAGAUUCGUGCAGCAAAUCUCAGUGGGGAUUGCUCCUUCCACAAUGAAGUAUCGAGGUUCAACUUUGGCCUCAAGAAGCACCAUCAGGAAUGUGUUCGGGGACGUGCCUUGCGCUCCAUCCUUGCUGUUAGGAAGGUGAGCCGAGAGGAGGCGGAGAAAGUAGUGGACGAGGUAUUCGAUACCUGCUUCAAUGACCACGCCCCCUUCGGCCGCAUCCCACAUGACAAGAAGGACGCCAAGUUUGCCUACAGAGAUUUUGAGAACCGAGAUCGGUAUUAUGCAAACCUUUAAUGUGUUAUUACGUGCACAGAUUAAUUGUAAUUUAAUUUCCAUGGGUGCUAUUGUGAGGAUCCUUGCAGAAAGCUGGGCAACUACCACUACCCUCAGCAGAAUGACUGUGUCAAAAAUGGUAUGAAAUUACCUCCUGAGGGGAAAUAUUCAGAGUUCUUUCUCUCUGUCAUUUUAAAUAAAUCAAAGGAUAUAAUACAUUAUAUGUUUUUAUAGCACACUUUUGUGGACUCUAAUGCUAUAACUAAAGAAUGUGAUGGAGUGGUUUCCUUUUGGAAAUUGAAAAAGGUGUCCCUAAUAUUUUUUUUGUCAUCCUUUUAGAGGUUCCAAAGUUGAUGUUUAUGCAGGGUAUAUGCUGCCUGUAAAACGUAUUUCAAGACUGAAAGGUGGGGACGCCCCUCUACUCUUUGCCAUGUGGACAUACAAUUACUGAGAACUGGGAGUUCACUGUAAAUAUAUGUUAUUGUAUUGUAUUGAAUUAGUCAACUUGUUGAAAUAAAUAUUUGAUUAUUAUGAAUAAUAUGA